UAAAUCCCUGACCGAUAUAUUUUUUUUGCCAGAGCUGGUAAAAAGUAAGUCUCCAGGGUCAUUCAGUUAAAGAGGGAAAUGAAUUGGAGGGGAAUACACAUGAACGCCACCAGUUGAAUGGGCUUAAUGACCAGCAGCAUCAUCAUGAGCAGCAGCGCGAGCUGAGAGUCUCAUCAGCACCAGACUGAGCGACCAAUCACAGCGCUCCACCACCGGCGGACCUCCGUCAGGCCAGUCGCAGUUAGGCGGUGUAACCUAUAUCUCGCUUGGAAUUCAUGAAGGCAGCCAGCUCAUUCAAUUCUAGAUGGGGAAAAGUUCAAUUAGUGAAAUCUUUUCUUCUUUGGUGACUUUAUGCACCCUGAAUUUCUGCGUUUUUUCCAGGAACGUAGUCUACCUCUACAACUUCUGCUGUAAAACAUUUUAUUUGUGUAGUGCUUAGUUUAAUUGUCUCAUUUGUCAGAAAAUCUGAGAACAUCUCGUUAUGGACACUGAUAUAUGUGUCUGCUGCUCGCGUCUUUUUUUGUUUUCUUUCUGCCGUAAUAAAGGAUUAAAAGACGCCGGGUGGAGACAAACCAAGAAGAGCGAGUGAGAACUGCAGCGUGUUGAGGUGGGGAGAAAAAAAAAAUCAUUCAAAACAGGUGGCAGAUCCGGCAACAGUUCACGCUGUCCUGAUCAUCCUGUGCUACAAUAACAGGCUUCCAUCUGAGAGAGAUCCAGUGCGCAGGCUCUCCCAGCGCUCCUCUCCAGCAUCAAACCCCAGAGCAACGCACAGUGGACCUUCCAGGUUUGAUUAUCGACGUGCAAACCCUGAGGACAAUUCUGGAAAUCAAGCAGAACAUUUAUAUCCGACCAAAGGAGAAAUUCUUCAGUCCUUUGUCUCGCUCAUUUUUCCUCUGCUGAACCCUCCUCAGAAGGUCAGAGGAGCAUGUAACUGAAACAAGCGGAGCCCUCGGUGAUUUCAGCAUUCUGUCUCCCCCCGUCUGUGCCUACAUUCUCUGCCACAGAUAGGGACGUUUUGAUAAUUACAUGUAAUUAUAAUUUCUCUGGGAGACAGAUCUGCUUCUGUCUAUUAUUGCCAACACCUCCAACACAAUAACUUCACGCAUUUACAUAUUUCUCAACAACAGUGAUAUUCUUUCAACCUCCGAGACCAAUCAGGAAUUGUCUUACUUAGAGAGACAUGUCACAGGGAGAAGCCAUUCAGUUCAUGUCUAAUUAGAGCUACAGUUGAAUGACAGGGGCAACUUUCUGUGCCCGAAAGCUGAAUACAGAGCAUUUCAAAUCUAUAACAUUUCAAUGAGUUUUACAGGCUGGUUUAUGCUUACUCUCGAUUUUCAUCUGUUACAGUCUUCUUGCACAUAAGCCGAGCCUCCCUCAUUAUCACCCCCAGCCCGAUCGCACAAACUGUCUGUGCCAGCCGAGUACUGAUGCAUAAUAAUCCCACUUUAGAAAACAUAGAGGUAAAAUAUGUGGUGUUUCUUUAGAUGUGACGAGUGCCUACAAAAGGUUACAUGGAUCUUCAUCGAAAUUUGGCAUCAAUAAUAGACAGCUUUCUUUAGCGACGCUGUGUCUUUAUUGUAUUUGAUUGUUAACAAUGCCAAAAAACACAAAAUAUAUAAAAAGAAUGAUAGAUUUCAUACAAUUUUCCAAGAAAGAAUUGCUUUCAGCUUAAACAAGUGCCAAUUCCGAAUGUACGAAGUGCCAAACUAAACACAUUGUCCAGGAAUAAACAAACCAGAUCAAACUGUUUACACGUAAUACAACACAGGCCAUAUACUAUUGCUGAAGUGCCAUGUCCAGCACAGGAAUGUCUUGGACUGCCAUAUCUUAAUGAAUAACACUCUAUGUGUUUAACUUUCACUGGCCUUUGUGGUUGCAAAAAACAUAUUUUCAUCCAGCACCAAGUCAGAUAUUUGUUUUUUUUGUGCAGGUGGACAUGGAGGAUUAGGCAUUAAGGACUAAAAGCAUGAAGAUUGUUGUUUUUAAUUUGUCCUUUUCGCAGAGAUGCACAGUGUUCUAGACUUGAGAGGUGUUUUUUGAGGGCAGAAGAUGAAGUCAUUAUGCAUUCAGAGUUCCUCUCUAGCAGUAAAUUAAAAUAAUUUUAACACCAUUAUCAGCAAUUAUUGAAAACCUACCAAGAGAUUCUGACAGUGUUGGUCCUUUUUUUUUCCCACUGUUGGCAGUCUUUUUCUAAUAUUACACUGUAUAAGUACACAGUUUCUGAAAAAAAAGAAAAUCAAGCUUCAGAUUUAAUCAUCAAACAUAACUGAAUGAAACUAUACAUCAUCAGAUUCUAGCAGGUCGUACAUGCUACAUGAAUAUUUCACAUGCUGUUCUAGUGGGUUGAAUUGCAAAGCGGAUACAUUAUUGUAACUGCAUUGACUGAACAACAGAAAUUCGGUCUCUUAGUCAUGUAAAAAUGACGCCCACCACCAAUCUCCGAGUCUUCGCCGUCUCCCUGCUCUCCCUCCUCUCCCUCCUCACCGCUGCUGUGGACACCUCUUCGCCCCCCCCUCCUCUUCAGCAAGUAGACCACUCAGGUAGGCUGUUCACCGAGCAGCCUCAGACCGACCCCAGCCCCUCUCUGCUGCUCCUGGCAAUGCAGGCCAACAUCAGGCCCGCUGCUCUGCAAGGCAGGAAGAAAGCUCCUGAGAAACUUCCAGAAACCUCAGGGGGCGUUCUGGAGACGCCUCCCAGACCCCUUCCCCAGGUCAUGUUCCCCAAGAAUGUGACGUCAGCGGAGGCUCUCGCACCUCCUUUAGGAGCAGCCCAGGUGGCACCCAUUCGACCUCGCAUGAUGGAUCUAUGGAUUGAUGUGUGUCGGGGUUAUUAUGAUGUCAUGGGACACUUUGACAGCGCUUUCAACUGCUCCAAGGACACCUUCGUCUUCUGCUGUGGGACCUGCCACUACCGCUUCUGCUGUCCAGAUCGGAGCCGGCAGCUGGACCAGGACAACUGCAAGAACUACGACUCUCCAGACUGGGCCAAGCCGCAGACAGACUCCAUGAUCAUCUCAGAGGAACAAGGUCCUGACCCGGACUUUGAUCCUUUGAAGCAGCAGAGCCACAACACAGGAUUUGUCAUUGGUGGUGUGGUGGUGUUUAUGGUGGCCGUGGCUGUGGGCAUCAAGGUGGCCUUCAAUAAGGUGCAGCAGGAAGCCAAUCAGAGGGACCUCAACAUGCCUAGAGCCCUGGUGGACAUGUUGCGGCACCAGUCAAGCCCGGUCCAGCAGGACGAGCGAAACAACAGCGUGGCUCUGACUGUAGGCGACGGACAGGGCACACUGGGGAGAGCUCCAAAAAAUCUUUACGCCCCAGGCCUACCCAGCAAGGACAACAGAUUGGGCAAUUUGCAACACAAUUUCAUCCACUCAUCCGGCUCCAGCCCGAAACACACCGCCACCAUCGAGCGCACACCUCGAAUGAACAAUGCUCAGCUGGCGGCUGGAGGCACCCUGCUCUCCAGUAAACACAACAACACCAAAUCCCAGCCUGCCUUCCACCACUCCCUGCACAACCUGGCUCAGCUGCCGCCUUCCUAUGAGAGUGCCACCAAGCCAGAGCUCAACAGAUACUCCUCACUUAAACGCCUCGAGAAAGGUCUCGAUGAGUACUCUUCCGGUUACUGCACCACCAAGCGCAGGCCUCACACAGCCCAGCCGGCCCUCCAGUCCUCCCAGCACCAUCUCCACUGGGGAGGAGACUAUACACUCAGUGGGAGAGGAACCCUUCCAAGGCAUGCAGCCCGUCCCUGGAUCCCGCCACCACCUUCUGGCAUGCCUGCCUCACCUACCCCCAAUCCUUACCCUUUGGAUCCCCCAGAGCCGCAGUACAACCCCAACUACGACACUCUGUCCAAACCCCCGAGGAAAGUCAAGUCCAGCGACCAGCUGCUCAACAUGAGUGACGUUCCAGGCAACACAGGGACCUUGUCCAGAUUAUCCAAGAACCAGCAGCACCAGUACUACAAAGCCAUGGCUGCCUCCAAUAAGAACUCCAACACGCAGACUCUCACAAGGAAGCCCCAGGACAGGAGAGAAGAGAGGCAGGAGCGGCUGCUCAUGUCCCCAGACCAUUUGGAGGAGAGGAUGGGAGGUGGCGGUAUGGGGGUCGUGGAUCCUUACGCCCACACACCAGGAGGGAUUGUCCCCACACUUCCUCGCCAGCAGAAGGCCCAGUCCCAGCAGAAUGUGUGCGCCACACCCUCCCUGGACCGACACCACAUGAUCAAGAUGAACUCUCAUCCCACAUCCGGGCGGGAGCAGGAGAGGAGCACGGCCAUGACGGGGCACAUGAGCGGGGGCAUGGGCUGGGCAGGGGAGGCGCCCGGGGCGGGUGUAGUCAUGGGAACAGGAACACUAGGGGGCCACAGCGCGAGGAGGAUGGCCUUCGCAGCGAAGAGGCAGAACACCAUCGAGCAGCUACAUUUCAUACCAGGAGGGGGAGGCGGGGGGUCAGGGGGAAGUGGAGGGGGGAGUCAGGGGAUCAGGACGGGGAGUAAAAAUGAGGUGACGGUGUGAGGUUAGUGCCUAAAAUAGAAUUAACUCUCAUCAAAGAUAUGGGAAUAGAUCACCCUUCUGCAUUUAGACAUUAGAUUGACAACUGAAAAUUAAACUACAAGUAUUAAGUAUGGUUACAACACAAUGUGCUUAGGCUAUUCAGAUUAGUGUUAUCUUGUUAUUAAAUAGCUUAAAUAUGAUACUUUAUUAAAAAUAUAGGUGGGGCAUAUCUGUAUCAUUUAUGUGAUAGCCUGCAUCAGCCAUAUUUUGUAAGAAAAUUUGCCAUAUUGCCAUAAACAGCAGUGCCAUUACUUGCAGAAAGACUGACUGGGGGGUGAGACAAAACCAACUGAAGUGUCGCUCAUGAUUUUGUUUUUUAUAUGUUUUUCCUAAAAAGUACUCAGGAGCCAUAUUAGAUAGGGAUUAAGAAGAUAUGUAGAUGUAUAUACUAAAAAAAAGUUUAAAAAGAGGAGGACCAUGGGGAUUAUUUAUCACAGAAUUUAAUAGAGAACUUAGCCGACUACCUGCUGGACUUUCAACCUGAUUUCUUAAACUGACUCUCAUAGUUGAAGGGCCUGAUGGACCAGAUGAGUCUGCAUGAACCGUGUGCCUGAUGGCGGUUUUUGGAGAUCUGACAUUUACUGAACCGACCUCAUCCUGACACAGGGAGGCAAACCUGUUUUUUUUUGUUUUUUUGUUGUUGUUGUUGCUUCCUGUGUAAAUGACUGAAUGGGUGGGGGCUGUUUUCUAACCGGGACUCAGCAGCCUGACACCAUUGGCAGGUCUCCGCGCCCGAUUUAAACUUGGGGACGUACCCACAUUACCACUCUGACGCCUGGGUUGCCUAGUUUUCCAUGUGACCUUAGAUCAAAUCCCCACAGGGACUCACACUCUGAUCACUGCUACACUAUAGAAGUGUUAACUGUUGGUAGAUUAUAAUAUGGGUUAUUUUCCCCCCUAAUUUUUCCACCUUUAGAUUGGGACCUAACCGUAACAACAAUGGGCUACCAAAAAGUAUACAGCCAUCUGUUUCAAAACAAUCUUGACAUUAACCUAAACGAGUCAAGAGCUAACAGAACAGACCCAUGUGUUCAGUUUACUAAUAAAAGGGCAACUUUCUUUAUGUAGGUUGUGUACACAGAGCAAAAGGUUUUCUACAGAGCACAAAUGAAAAGACCGUGACGCAGAGGUUGCACUUACACAACUGUCCUUCAAAAGCCAUUUAUGAAGAUACAAAGAAAAUACCACAGAGGAAGCUGGUCUGACAAUCACCAUUUUAUUAUUCUCUCCAGGUGACAAAUUAUACAAGUCAGUGAUAUUUUGUACAGUCAAAGGAUUCGGCUUCAGAGAAAGCCAAAAAAACACCUCUGAGUCAGGAGACCUGAGGCCUUCUCCUGUGUGGCUCAAAACGCCGUAGAGACUCGGAUGGUUGGGAAGCCCUGCCCAUCCUCAAGACGAAGAUCUUGCUGUAUCAUAUCGCACUUCAGCCAGUAUGAGGGGGAAAAAAAACAGAAAAGAGAAAAAAAAUCUUCAUCAAUAACAUUGCGUAUCAAUACUAAGGGCUAUCCUAUCCUAUACUGUAGUAUGUGAUAUAUUUGGUCCCUAUAUAAUGCUAUCUCUUUCUCUUGAUUUAGUGUUGAUAUUGUCAUGAUGUAUUAAGUAUUAAUGUGUACAAAAAAACAAAGAGCAAUUUAAGCACAGUUCAAAGAGAAUCACAGAGACAAAACUUUGCACAAAUCUUUCCCCUGAUAUUUGCACCAGAUACAAACUUACUUUGUAUCACAUCCUCAAGGUUUACAUUCGGUACGAGAAUGGCUGAACGUGUGACCGAUCAAUGGGAGGUAUUGUACUGAGAAAGGAUUUUUUUUUUUCAAAUCAACAGAUGGAAAUCAAAGAAGGAACUUGUUACGGCUGUUUUUUUUUUGUUGUUGUUCAGUCAUGUGAAAGACUACAGAGAUGAAAAAACUGGCAAACAAAUUUCAUUCGGACAAUCUUCCUAUACACAGUGCUAAAUGUAGUUGUUCUGAAUAUGAUGGAGUGUUAUUAUUAAUAAUUAUUAUAACUGUUAUGGUUAUUAUUGACAAUUAUCUUAUGAUGUGAUGUUCUUUUACUUGGUGGGGUUUAAGUGUUUAUUGUUUUUAGAUAACUAGCAUUCUCAUGACUGGUUGUUUUUUUUCAUACAUUAGGUUGUAAAUUCAAGUUUUUAAAAACAUUCUGAAUCUUGAUGCAUGCCAGCUCCAUUUCACUGAGAGGCAUUUACAGUCUGCCUGGAUUUUUAAGGUCAUCCACACUUAGAUAUGGCCGAUUUUCCAGCUGUACGUACUGUGCCUAGACAUCGGCCUUAUACUUUCUUGAUCUCAAGUGAUUACUUAAGUUUCCAUUUGGGUAGAAAACCAUCUAUUGAAAGAUUCUGCAGCCUUCUAAACGUAGAUGUGUAGAUGACAGUGUUUUGGCGAAGGGAUAGAUACGAUUGGGACAGGCUGGAAGCUAUUAAAGUCACCACACUGGAGACAUUGUGUUGUUUGUUGCCUGACCCGAUGGGAUGAAUGUUGGAGAGACACUGUAACUGAAACCUGAGCGCAGUGUCUCUAUCAGGGAAAUAGGACAGGUGACGUAGAGUAGUAUUAGAUUUUUUUUAAUAGAGCCACAAAUGGUCUGUAGCAAAGUCUGUAAAAUCUCACAAGCCAUAUCCAUUGAACCUCAUGAUCACAAUUUCAUAAAUGGUUAAUCUAAUUUGUGCAAGUAUUGUAUUUUGUAUAGCUAGUACAAUCAGAAAAAUUAUAAGUGACAUUAACUUGAGGAUUCAACAAAUGAUGUGUUAGUAUUUAAUGAAUUGUACAGUGCCAAACUCAUAACAUUUUGUUGACUUUCUAUUGUCAGAGACCCCUAAGAGGCGACACUGGUUGAUUUCUUUUCACAGCUGAGAAUUAACACACAGGCGAGUGAGCUACAAAAGCUAGUAACCAGACAGAAAUGAAUGAAUAUGGUGUGUGUCUUUACCAUUAUGAAUUCAUUUUGAGAGAGAGGAUGGUUAAUGGCCACCGGAAAUGUGAAGAUAUGUGAACACUAUGUUGUACGGACAGGGACCACGUCCACAAAUGAAAUUUAUUUUCAUGCCUAUAAAUUUAAAAACAACCCCUUUGUUAUUGUUCAAUGCAUUGAUCCCCUUGAAUACUACAGUUACUUACACGAGGAAUUUGUAUAAUAAAGUUGGUGGAAAAAAUG